GAAAAUUCCUACCACUUUUUCCUCACGACCUUACGUUAACGAACCUUCGUUCAAGUCAUACAUACAUAAUUCCUUUCAAUUCUUUUUUACAUACAUCCUCUUAAUUAGUCAAAAUGGGUUUCAAAGCAGGAGACGCAAAGAAGGGUGCCAACCUCUUCAAGACCAGAUGUGCUCAAUGCCACACUCUCGGUGAGGGUGAGGGAAACAAGAUCGGUCCUAACCUCCACGGUCUUUUCGGACGUCAAACUGGUUCCGUUGAGGGCUACUCAUACACCGAUGCCAACAAGCAAAAGGCUAUCACCUGGGACGAGAACACACUUUUCGAAUACCUCGAGAACCCAAAGAAAUAUAUCCCAGGAACCAAGAUGGCUUUCGGUGGAUUGAAGAAGGACAAGGACAGGAACGACUUGAUCCAACACUUGAAGGAGGCCACCGCAUAAAAGAUUUCACGACCAUUGUACACAUAGAAUUAGACACAGCGCCUUGUACUCUAAGAUAGACAGAUGCUCUCUGGGUAGAAGGAAUUUGGGUCACAUGUUUUUUUCGACCAACUAAAAUACAAAUAACAAAUACUCCUC